CAGCAGUAUGUCCGAAUCAUGAUUACAACUUCAAAUCCGCAACUGUAGUCAUCGAACGGAUUUACUGCCAUUGGGUCAAAGAUCGCUAGUGUGCUUCCGAGAAAGUCUUGCUCAAGCAUGUCACAAUCUGCUGCAUUUGCUGGCUUGUGGUCAUCGCUUCCAACACCAUUAACACCAUGGGUUCUAGAUGUUAUACAAUCGAUGGGGCAUACCCAAAUGACGCCUGUUCAAGCUUCCACAAUACCGCUGUUCAUGCAGCAUAAAGACGUAGUGGUCGAGGCUGUGACGGGUUCUGGCAAGACGCUAGCGUUUGUCAUUCCUAUCCUCGAACGUCUUAUCAGAAGGGAUGCUAGAUUGAGAAGAAACGAGGUUGGUGCACUGGUCAUCAGUCCUACGAGAGAACUUGCAACUCAGAUUCAUUCCGUAUUUUCUCUCUUCCUGAAUGCCCAACCAGAAAGUAGUGCAUUGAAGGAGUCUGAAAAUGGAGAAGGAUCGCCGCCACCCCCAACAGACACUGAAUACUCAGGGACUGGAUUUCCUCCACCCCUUCUGCUUGUUUCAUCAGAUACAUCUUCCCCAGCUCAGGAUAUACAGCGGUUUCUCUCUACUGGUGCUGAUAUCAUCAUCGGGACACCUGGACGUAUGGAAGAAUUUCUUAUAGGAAAAGGGAAAAUUGUUGUUAGCGUCAAGGAGCUGGAAGUGUUGGUGCUGGAUGAAGCAGACCGUUUGCUGGACCUAGGUUUUCAAGCUGCUCUGACUCGCAUUAUUACUCAUAUCCCGAAACAAAGGAGAACUGGUCUUUUCAGUGCGACGAUGACAGAUGCUGAUGCUCUAUCUGAAUUGGUUCGCGUUGGCUUACGAAAUCCUGCUCGCAUCGUUGUCAAAGUUCAAUCAAAGAGAACAAAGGGAACGAAGUCGGGGAACUUACAAGAAACUCAAGUUAUCGAGGAAAGGCGUAUACCUGCAGGACUUCAAAACUUCUACAUUAGCUGUCUCCCGUCCGAAAAGUUGGUUCAACUGACACGUAUAAUCAAGCAAGAGUCCUCAUCUCAUCACGCACCACACUUCAUUGUGUAUUUCGCGACUUGUGCAUGCGUUGAUUACUUUUAUCGCAUUUUAUCAACGCUUUUACCAUCAAAUGUCCAAUUGCAUUCUCUCCAUGGACACCUCCCUCCCGCAGCCCGCACUCGUGCUCUCUCGGCCUUUUCUUCAACUUUGUCGUCGUCGUCUUCUCCUUCAGUUCUUCUUGCUACGGACGUCGCUGCCCGAGGACUUGACAUUCCUCAUGUUGAUGUUGUCAUUCAGUUCGAUCCUCCAUCUGACUCAAAAGCCUUUUCUCAUCGAUGCGGCCGGACAGCUAGAGCUGGAAGGAGUGGGAAGGCAUACGCACUUUUGGUAGGAAGAGAAAUUGAGUAUAUUGAUUUUUUAUCCGUUCGAAAAAUUCCAAUCAGGCAGCAUCCAUACAUAGUAGCAGAUGGAAGCAAACCGCUGGACACGGAUUGCCCCUCGACAGAGGAUGGUAAUGUUAGUACCUUCAUGUCCCAAAUCAGGCAAACCGUCAUGACAGAUCGCGCUUUUCAUGAUAAGGCUAUCAAGGCGUUUGUCUCUUUCGUUCGUGCAUAUUCGAAGCAUGAGGCCUCCUAUAUCUUCCGAAUCAAAGACCUAGACUUAAUAGGCGUUGCAAAAAGCUUCGGUCUGCUGCGUCUGCCACGAAUGCCCGAACUGAAAGAUCGUGAUAAAUCACAAUGGGAAGACGCAGAGCUCGAUUGGGGUUCAUACUCUUAUGCGGACAAGGUACAGGAAGCCAAGCGAGUUGAAGAAGAGUCGAAGAAAGCUAUAGUAAAGCACGACUCAGAGGCUCGAGCUGCCAAACGCAAGCGUAAUGCUGCGUGGAGUCAGCAAGCUGAUGAUAAGCAAGACAAAGACAAGCGCCGGACACAAAAGGCUAGGAAAAGGCAAUGGCUUAAAAGCCAAAAUAUUGUCAGCGGCGAGUCAAAAAAUGCCCUCCAAACAAGCAGAGCCAGGCCAGAAGAGAGCGGCGGAGAGGAUGAUUGGGACGAACUGGCGCGAGAAGAGCGAUUAGCCAAAAAAGUGCGGAAGGGAGCUGUCUCGCAGAAAGAAUUCGAUCAGGAGUUCGGUGACUUGUGAAGAGUAUGACGAUAUCUCGUGCCCUCGGGUGAUUCUGAAUAUGUAGUAUUUCAAGGUAAACGCGAUCAAUACCAGUAA